AUGUCUGAUAGUUUUGGUGACUGUCUGAUUUGCGGCGACCCAAUCAAACGCAAAAUCUUACUUCCAUGCAAUCACUGCAACUUCUGUUUGAAAUGCUAUGAGACGAUGGUGAUGUGUUACAAUGAAAAGAAAUGUCCUUUCUGCCAAAGAGAGGUAGAGAGCGAUCCUAUUGUAUCCACAUCGAAAGAGUUAGGAUCAUACGAAGAUGAAAUCAAGAAGAGAAGGCCACAUGAUGAGUUUUAUCAUGUUUAUUACGACUCUAAAGAAGAUAUCCAAGAAGUUUCUGGUUUUAGGAAGAUUGUAUGUUGUGAUUGCCAUACAGUUUGUCCAAAUUUCCAAACACUUAAAGGACAUACAAGAAAACUCCACAAAAAAGAACCAUGUGAAAUCUGUUUUGACUCGAAAUGCUUCCUUCCAUGCGAUACACCACUCUACGAUCGUCAACAGCUCAAAGAACAUAUGAAGCAGCAUCCAAAAUGCCCAUGCUGCAAACAUAUCGCGUUUGAUGGAAAUACAUUAAAGAAACACUUACAAGAGAACCACUUCAAGUGCGACAUAUGCGAAUCUUUAGGCAAGGACAUGUGGUUUGAGACAAUAGAACUAAUACAAGUCCAUUUCCAUACAGAUCAUUACGCUUGCGAGAAUCCAUAUUGCGUAGAGCAAGGAUUUAUCGCAUUUGCAACCAAGAGAGAACUUAUACAGCACCAAAUCGAAGUCCACAAGGCUCCAAAAUCUUUACUCAAGAAAUGCAAGGAAGAAAUACCACAAGAGGAGCUGGAUGAGACAUUCGCGGUCAGACACAUGAGAACAAUCAAUCGUUUGAAGCAAUCUCUCAAAACUUAUUAUCCAAAUGAUAAAAACAAAGCAAACGCAAUUGAAAAGCUGAUAAGCAAUCUAGAUAAGAAUGUACUUACUCCUGAUGACUUUUGCGAUAAAUACAAGACAAUUUCCGGUGAAAAUGCCAGCAAAUUAUUUGUUGACGUCGUAGCCGCAAUUUCUAAUCCUGAUACUCGUGCACUUGUUGUGAAAAACCUGGAUGGUAUCAGAACUUGUAGUGUUCGUAACUAA